AUGCUCAAUUCGCCCCUGCAUUCAGCCGGACUACUGACAGAGACAGAUGCCAAGAUGCCCCUUCAGCUCUUCCUGAAGCAGGGCAACCCCCGGACCGUUUUGCAGGUGCACUUCAUACUGCACGGUCUCCUCCAACUCCUAACCUGUGAUCGGGCAGGUGUUGCCAUGGCGCAUAGUCUGUUCAAUUUCUUCCACGGCCUGGACCUCGACGAGCUCUUCCUUCUCCAGCACGAUUCCAAUGCAGUUUCAGAUAAGCGCAUCCUCAGAACCAACUUCCUAGAACAGGUUGUCGUGCGUUUGGAGUUAGCAGACAUACUGCUGCAGGUCUUGAUCCUAUCUGGGCAGCAUCUCGAGCGUGCUCAGUUAGACUACCCCACUGAAGGGUCCCAUAGGUCUCCUUUUGACCACAUUGAGACAGGUGGACUUGCGGAUUGUGAUAAACGAUUACUCUCGACUUCGAAUCCUCUUAUCUCUGCCACAGUCAAAGUUUGUUCGCAGUUAAUUCGACUGUGCGACACAGCGAAGGAGAAUUCCCUUAAAUCCCUCAUUCACAAGGUUAGUUUUUAA